AUGCCAUCUCCAGCAGGGAAACCCGAUGGUCCAAGGCUGAGGAGAAAGCUUCAAAAGGUCUCCAGGCAGCGGAACCAGCUGCCCGAACGGCCCGUGUCUGCCGUGUCCGACGACCUUGUCUACAAUAGAUGCGAUGUUUCGCCAAAGGUCUUCGUCCAGGAAGAGGCACCUCUCUCUGCACCGCCCAAUCACAGCCGCCCUCAAUGGCUUGACUAUCGUCGGCCAGGCGGGAAACCCCACGCCAUAAGCACAUCUUUACUCUCGCGGCGCAAACUGGAGAUCCCUGAUAUUAUCCCGGAACUCUCGCACCUGCAGGUCGGGGAUGAAAAACCGCGAUGCACCCCGGGCAGGUUGGCGGUGCCCCAUUCCGUAUCCACAAGCACUACCUCGACGAUGAGGAGACGAGCCAAGACGCCAGUCUACUCUAUCGGACAACUCGAGGGCAAGCCUUUGACUGUCGAGAUAAAGCCAGCCGAGGAGUCUAUCAGCGUUGAGGAGCUCGCUGAGCAGUAUAGAGCCUUGCUAGCAUCACGCAACUCAAUGUUCAAGGAUUCUCAGGCGGGAACCCCGCCCCCAAGCCAUGACGAGACUCUUCAUGUCGGACUCAGACGACAGUACAGCUCAGACGAGCUUAGUCGGCGGUACAGCUCGGAUGAGCUCAGCAACGAGAGUUCUUCCAGCCUGGCGACAAGCGGUCUCUCACCCACCUCUGACGAUGGUACUCUUGUUGCCUUUGACGAAGAGGCGGUCUACUUCAAGCCAGUUUCUUUCUCAACGGAGCCACAGUCGCCCAUGAGCAUCGAUUCUUUGCCGGCCAGGGAUUCCGAUGCAGCAACACAGCCAGACAGCCUGAGCCUCCAGAUCUGCAUUGAUCUGUUGAGCAAGGAGCUAGCGUCGGUGAUGAGUAGCCGGCUUAGCAAGCCGGGCUCUGACACUCCAGCACUCCAAAUAUGGGUGAUGAUCGAGGCUUACGAGCGGCUGAGAGAUCAGCUGCACCAGAAAUUCGACAAUCCGGCAGAAAGAAGAACGAUCGAGAUGAUGUUCGACAUGUGGCUACGCACCCUUUACAUGAUUCACGGCUCAAUGGCGCGAGACGACAGGUCCACCGAUAGCGAGUACGAAACCCCUUCCGAGGAUUAA